AUGUUCGAGGAUGAAGCCAGGGCAGGACUGGCCACCUCAGCCAUGGAGGAAGGCGAAGAUGGAGCCAUCAGCCACGAUGAUGAGGAGGAGAUCAUCACGAAGCCGAAGGGGUCCCUGGGAUCUGCAAGCCCGGCGGCUGAAGUCGAGCCCGAUACCGCUGAGAGGGGUCUCAUGAGCAGCGGUGAAGAGAGUGGAAGAGAGGACUCGCCGUUGGACUUUAGUGUGAAAAAGGAAGGAAGCGGGUCGCGCGAAGCCCCGACUCCCCCGUCUCCACUGAAUUUGAAACGGCAGAAUUCCCGGUCCUCGCCAGUGGCCACGACUGGACCGUUGGACUUAUCCGUGCCAAGGAAACGGCCAUCUUCCAAUGAUCUCGGAUUGCGGGCCGGACGAGCGAAGCAGGUGAGGCCGACCGCAAACGCCAGCCCGCCGGCACCCUCCGCCCUGGAGUCCAUGAAGGCUCUGGAGAGGAUGCAGGAGUUGACCCGCCUCAGCGGACCGGCUCAGGUAUCCCAACUCUUUGGGCAGCUGGGGGCGUGGCAUUCCCCCUGGUUGGGAGCGGCCGCCGCGGCCGCAGCGGCAGCGGUCUCAUCAUCGACGCGGGUCCCACCUAGCAUGCCGCCGACGAGCAGCGCCUCCCCUGUCGAUCCUCUCACCCGGGACAUCAUGAGGUGUGUUUGGUGCAGGCAAAGUUUCUCGACUUUGGCCGAACUCAGCACUCACAUGAGGGAAGCCAAACAUUGUGGU